UAUUAUCAUUAUUAGUGUUAUUAUAGUUUAAGUGGUAUAUAAUGUGUUUAAAUGCUGCAGUUUAACUUGUGAGGUGAGUUUAGUUGAGAUAUUCUUCUGGAGGUGAUCGAGGAAGAAAACAUGAAGAAGAAACAUCAGCAGAGCGAAGAGGCGUCGCCGGGGCAACCGUCAGAGGCGUCGUCGGGGCAACAGUCAGAAGCGUCGCCGGGGCAACCGUCAACUGACUAUGUGGUGGGUCAGGUGUGCGACAGUGUUUUCCAGAAGAAGGCAGCGGCUCCCGGAUCGCUGUCGGCUCUGUUCAGCGCCGCCGCACCAGCAGCAGCCGUCCUGUUUCAGCCGGCUCCAAAGCCUGUGCCGAAGGUUGCGGAGGUGAAGGAGCCACAGAAGGAAACUCCAGAUGUCAAAGGUCAAACCAGCCAGAAGCAGAAGAAGCUGCAAAAAGAGAAAACAGCAGCGGAGGAGAAGCUGGAGAACAGAGAGAGCAGUUUGCAGAACGCCGACGAAGCCGAGCAGGGACAGACGACGACGGUGAAGAAGAAGAAGAGGAAAGCUCCGGAGGCGGAUGGAGAGAACGAGGUGGAGCGCUGGGUGAUUAAGAGGCAGAAGCUGAGGGCCCAAAAACAGGAAGAGGCCUUGAAGAAGAACAAGACGGUGUUCGUAGGAAACCUGCCAGUCAGCUGCACCAAGAAGACCCUGCGGAGUCUCUUCAAGGAUAAAGGAUCCAUCGAGUCCAUCCGGUUUCGCUCUGUGGCCAGAGAGGAUCCGUCCAUCUCUCGCAAAGUCGCAGCUAUUCAACGCAAAGUUCAUCCCAAGAAGCAAAGCGUGAACGCCUACGUGGUGUUUAAAGACGAGGAAGGAGUCAUGAAAGCGUUGGAGAGGAACGGCAUGGAGAUCGAGAAAGACUUCUACAUCCGAGUGGACCGAGUGAACGACGGCUCAUCACACGAUCACAAGCGCUCCGUGUUCGUGGGGAAUCUUUCCUUCGAGAUCAAUGAUUUGGCGUUUCGGAGGCAUUUCGAGGAGUGUGGCGAUGUGGAGGCGGUGCGGCUGGUGCGGGACCAGAACUCCGGACUGGGGAAAGGAUUCGGAUACGUUCUGUUUGAGAACUCCGACUCGGUCCAGCUGGCGUUAGAGCUGGACGGCUCGUCGCUGGAGGGCAGGAAGAUCCGAGUGAAGCGGUCGGUGAACAAAGACAAGCUGAAGGAGAAAGGCGACGGCAAAGGAGGCAAAGGAGGCAAAGGAGCGGCGGGAAAAGGUUCGGCGAAGAUUCCCGGGAAGGGUCCGGGAACAGUGAGGGGGGGGGGCUUCAAGUCUCAGAAGAAGUUCGCCAGGAAUCAGCCGAGUUCGAAUAAGAACUUCAAAGGAGAGAUGGCCGACCCGACGAAAAAGACUAAAAAGAAAGGACUGAAGAAGAAGAGAGCGAAGCCGAGAAAGACUGUUCAUAUCUGACGUGAUCUCGUCACUUCCUGUUUGUUUCUGGUCUGCUGGCGUCACUUCCUGUUUGCUUCUGGUCUGCUGGCGUCAGUUUGUGUAGAAUAAAUUGAUUUAAUGAAUAUUUUGCUGCAGAUCAGACGAGCUGUUUCUACAUUUGUACUAAAAAACAUCCACGAAAUAAAACUCAAAACAACAGAAGUUGGUAGUUUUUGUAUAUUUUUAAAAAAUUGUUUUUCCUA